AUGUCUCGAGCCUCACUACGCCUCUUGCCGUCCGCGCAGACACUAUCCUCAAGCUCGCCGUCCACAUCACGGAUCAUCUCCGCCACCCGAACCUCCUUCCACACAUUAUCUUACCGCUCCGUACCCUCAUCAUCAUCCUCAGUCAACGCCAGACCCGAAUUCUCCUGUGUCGACGCCAACGAACGUCGAGGUGAAAAGCUUCAGCGACUCGCAGAACAAGCCCGCCAAUCCACCUCUUCCUCAUCGCUCUGCUCCACACCCUCCUCCACCGACCCCUCAGUAGCAUUCCCAUGCGUAGACGCCAACGAAGCACGCGAGGACCGUCUUCGAGCCCAACUUUCCUCACCCCAGCUCUCGCCCGACUCCUCCACAUCCGUCCCUAGCGAAGUAGACGAAUCCGGUCCCGAACCGUCCUAUAGCAAAGUUGUAUCCGGUUAUCAGACCUACCAUCACCCCCAUCCCUUUUCGCUCGACUAUGGAGGUUCCCUACCGCAGUUCGAUUUGGCUUAUGAGACCUGGGGAAAGUUGAACGCCGAUAAAAGCAAUGCCAUUCUCCUCCACACUGGUCUCUCGGCCUCAUCUCACGCAGCAUCAACGCAUUCCAACCCGGCAAAAGGGUGGUGGCAAGACUUUAUUGGUCCCAACAAACCGCUGGAUACCAACAGGUUCUUUAUCAUCUGUACCAAUGUCUUGGGUGGAUGUUAUGGUUCCACCGGUCCCUCUUCGCCUCAUCCAGGCGAUCCCAGUGGCGCCGCCUAUGCCACCAGGUUUCCGAUUCUGAGCAUAUUCGAUAUGGUCCGAGCGCAGUUCUUGCUGCUCGACCAUCUCGGCAUUGACAAGCUCUAUGCCAGCGUGGGUAGUUCUAUGGGUGGGAUGCAGUCCAUUGCAGCAGCCCAUCUACAAGGCGAUCGGGUAAGCAAACUCGUAUCUAUCAGCGGUUGUGCAAGGAGUGCACCAGCCAGUAUUGCGCUAAGGCAUGCACAACGAUCCGUGCUGAUGAGCGAUCCGAAUUGGAAUCGAGGUUUCUAUUAUCAACCGCGAUCUCUGCCGCCGCAUACUGGCAUGAAAUUGGCUAGACAGAUUGCAACCUUCACUUAUCGAUCCGGGCCUGAGUGGGAACAGAGGUUUGGCCGAGCACGUCGUGUUGCACCUACCUCAGAGCGCAAUGAGGGUAGUGAGGGUGGCCAAGAAGAAUUGGACCCAGCACUAUGUCCCGACUUCCUGAUCGAAACAUAUCUCGAUCAUCAAGGAGAACAGUUUUGUCUCAAAUACGACGCUAACUCCCUUAUCUACAUCUCCAAAGCCAUGGAUCUGUUCGAUAUGUCAGAUCACUCUCUAGCCGAUCUCGAACGACGUCGUACCCGCGCCCAUGGCCCACCCUCGCCCACCGAGCGAGGUUUGGCCGUCGGAGACUCCACACCGCCACCCCGACCAAGAAAGAGACAGCAUAUAAGCACGCUUUCAAGUCCAGCAGCACACGCCUACGUCCCCGCACUAGCUAGAGGUAUGGCCAGAUUAUCGCAUAUCCCAACGCUGGUAAUAGGCGUUCAGAGCGAUAUCUUGUUUCCCGUAGAACAACAGAGGGAGAUAGCGGAAUGUUUGAGAUUGAACGGCAAUGAUAAUGUGAGGUAUUACGAGUUGGAUGCUCCGCAUGGACAUGAUAGUUUUUUGAUCGAUGUUGCUAAUGUUGGUGGUGCUAUCAGAGGCUUUUUGGAGUGA